GUGUGGGACAGGUAAGGAGAGACUGUAUUGUUGACUAUCUAAUGAAGUGAAAAAGGACUGAGGAUAUCGGAUUAGUUUUACCGGCGGCUUCUGUGGGACGGGAUGGAAGUCUUAUUGGGCUUGAGACCAAGUAUUCUUUGUUGCCCGUUAUCGACAUGCCAAUCCAAGAGGAGAUAUUUUAACCUUAGACCUCGAGCUAGCCUCAAUGAAGGAAAUGACUCUUUUUACCAGGCCGCCAUUGAACGAGCUUCCCUUCGUCUCCGGGAGUCUCACUCUCCAGAUCCUCUCCUCGUUGACCCAUAUGUUGGCUGCCUUCUUCCUUCUAACAGUCUGAAAGACAUGAACCAACAGCUGCAUCCCUACUGUCUUGCAACUAAGUUUAUUGAUGACAAGUUGCUAGAGACAAUACAAUCUUCUGAUGGGCUGAAACAGGUUGUUUUGUUAACAGAUGGCCUGGAUACACGGUCUUACAGGCUCAAUUGGCCAACAUCAACCCUAAUAUUUGACAUAUGCCCUACACAAGUAUUCAGAGGAGCGGUUCAGAAGCUUCAAGAUGCUGGGGCUAAGAUUCCAAGAGGAUGCAUGUCUUUUCAUAUCCCGUCAGAGUCUUUUGACAUAGAAAAUGUACUUCGCAGUAAAGGAUUUAGUGGUACCAGACCAAGUAUAUGGGUUUUUCAGGGAUUUCCUGUUGUGAACUUGGCAAGUUUUAAAGAUAUCUUGUCCAUUGUCAGUAAUUUAGCCAUGAAGGGAUGUCUUUUCUUGGGGGAAAUUCCUGUCUGGCUGGCUGAAACUGAGGUUGCAGACCUGUCUGCCACAAAGACAUGGCUUGACAACCUCUUUAUGAGCUAUGGCUUCCGGGUGAAGGCGAUUGAAUAUGAUGAAGUUGCGCGAAACCUCAGCAAAGAUUCUGCAAGACGAGCAUCAGGAGUCGGCACGAGCAUAAUUUUUGUUGCAGAGCAUCUGCGUUUCUCUGAUGAUCAG